AUGGUACGCAUGCGUUCUCUCAGUGUUGGUAAUCUGGAAGCCGAGCCUACAGCUCCCAUGGAAUCUUCGCCUUUGAUUUCUGACGGAUCUACGCAAGCCGUCGAGGACUCGACGUGUCCCAUUCAGAGUCUUCCUGCUUCACCUGGUGGACGACGCCGUUUUGCCAACGGAGGAUCAGGAGUUGCUUUUGUCGACAAUCGUUCUGAGAAGAAGUAG